CAAAAACAAACGGAAAAGAAUCAAGCCCUAUCCAUUCCCCUGAAGAGCAAACAGAAAGCAGGAGUUUUUGUCCCAAACAGGAUGCCUGAGCAUGAACGUUAGUCUGAGACCCGCACCACUUGUAUUUGGCUACGAAUGGACAACCACAUAUUGGCCACGAUUCACACCCAAAACUCCCGGGGACCUUCUGGAUAAUCAGCGUAUUUACUGAUCACUUUGGCAAUGAUGUUGUGGAUUGUUUUGCUGCAGCUCUUCAACAGCUUUGAGGGUUUAUCCGGAGCUGAACAUGACACGCUGUGCACCUCCAACACCUGCCUUACCCUGCACAUGGACAGAGUGAGCUUUAAGAAGGCCGGUCAGAACUGUGUCCACAAUGGAGGUAAUCUGAUGACAGUCAGAAACCUAGAAGAAGAGGAAGUGCUGCGCUCGCUUCUCUCACGGAUCAAGAGACAACCUCGGGACAGGGCGCUAACAUUUUGGAUCGGAUUAAAACUGCACAGUGGGGACUGUGUGUUGGCCAACAGGAAUCUCAGGGGGUUUAAGUGGGUCUCUGGACAGAAAGAUUCCAACUACUCCAACUGGGGAAAAGAACCCGUCACCACAUGCACGGAGGAGAGAUGUGCAAAGGUUUAUUACAAUCCAUCGGGUAAGAACCAACUGAAAUGGACUGCCGGACCUUGCAAAAACCCUGCUUUUUAUGCAUGUAAGUUUUAUUUUCAGGGAAUGUGCAGACCUUUGGCUCUAUUGGGGCCUGGACAAAUCACCUACAGAGUGGCCUUCUCCGAAGAGCCACAGAGAAGUGAGAUGCAAGUACUUCCGCUCGGAACAUAUGCUGAUAUUACAUGUGGUGACCAACAGUCUCAUUACUCUGUGUGCAUGGGGAACGACGACGGUUGGACAGACCCUGGUCCAUUCUGCGCAACAGGAAUGCGUUAUUGCGCGCUAAACAACGGCGGAUGUGAACAUUUGUGCCACCAGGAUGCAGAUGAAGUUCGGUGCUUUUGCAAAGAAGGUUACGACCUGGACGAGGAUGGACUCACUUGCAGGAUGAAAGCAACGUGCGGCCCGGAAACCUGUGAGCAUCAGUGCGUAUCGGGGGAAUCUGGGUAUUCCUGCACAUGCCCGGACGGGUUGAAACUAGACGCGAACCAGCGUAACUGCUCUGACAUUGAUGAGUGCCAGUCACAAGCCUGUACGCAUCACCUGUGCCUUAACACGCACGGCAGUUACACGUGUGCGUGUCGAGGCGGCUACGACUUGGUUGAUGGUAAGUGCAUGGAUAUCGACGAGUGCGCGCUCUCGAGUUGCGAGCACAGCUGCUCGAACAGCGUCGGGUCCUUCUCUUGCUCCUGCAACGACGGCUUCACUUUAUCCGAGGACGGCCACUCGUGCGUGGACAUUAACGAAUGCGCGAGUCAUCUCUGCCAGUUCCAGUGCGUCAACGCGGACGGCAGCUUCUUGUGCAUGUGCCCGCACGGCUUCUACGUGGGGGCCGACGGAUCGACGUGCGCUCCAGAUGUGACAGAAGCAUCGGCCGCUUCAUCUGAUGAUGCGGCUGAUGAUGACGGAGCAUCUGAUGACGGAGCAUCUGAUGACGGAGCAUCUGAUGAUGAUGCAGCAUCUGAUGACGCAGCAUCUGAUGACGGAGCAUCUGAUGACGGAGCAUCUGAUGACGCAGCAUCUGAUGACGGAGCAUCUGAUGACGGAGCAUCUGAUGACGCAGCAUCUGAUGACGGAGCAUCUGAUGACGGAGCAUCUGAUGAUGAUGCAGCAUCUGAUGACGCAGCAUCUGAUGAUGAUGCAGCAUCUGAUGACGGAGCAUCUGAUGACGGAGCAUCUGAUGAUGAUGCAGCAUCUGAUGACGGAGCAUCUGAUGACGCAGCAUCUGAUGACGGAGCAUCUGAUGACGGAGCAUCUGAUGACGCAGCAUCUGAUGACGGAGCAUCUGAUGACGCAGCAUCUGAUGACGCAGCAUCUGAUGACGCAGCAUCUGAUGACGCGCCGGAGGAGGAAACGCAGGAGAACUUCACCAGGACCACAGUGGAGCUCCAACACCCGCCCCCUCGCACUGACGCGACGAUUCUCGAGCUGGUGAACGAUACGCACGGGGGUCAGCAAAGCAACACGUCCUUGGUGACAGGUUUUGCCAAGACAGUUAAUUCCAGGGUGCUCGUCUGCGUCCUCGGUUCAGUCAUCCCGGUGCUGCUUUUGCUGGCAGUGACUCUGGCUAUCGCAAUUGUUCGAUGCAGUCGUUCCAAAAAAGAAGCGAAGAAAAGAACCACCGCAGACGGUUACUGCUGGGUGCCCUCUGGUUUGGACUCGCGUUUAGAGAAACUCUACGAGUCCAUUUUGACUGAUGACCUAUGACCUGAGAGUGAUAAGGAAGACUGUC